CGCAUACCCCUCCCUCCUCCACUAGACUUCCGACCUCUUAUGAUGACAUCACGGUCUCCUUUCCGACACCAAUUGCCCAGAUCUAUUCUCGCAUUGUACUACCACUCAACUAACCGCCAAGCCUCUCGCUACUUCUCUUCAUCACAAGCCCGAUACAAGAUGAGCACCACGGAUUACUCGCAGAUCCCGACCCCGUCCAUGUGCUAUGUGGACUUCUGUCUCGUACCCAUUGGUACCGGCAACGUCUCUGUCGCGCGGGAAGUCGCCGAGGUACAGAAGGUACUCAGGGCCAGCGGGCUGCGUCAUACGAUGCACUCUGCCGGGACGACAGUUGAGGGAAGCUGGGACGAAGUCAUGAAGGUCAUUGGACAGGCCCAUACGGUCGUGCACCAGACGGGCGCCGUGCGGAUCCAGACGUCGAUGCGAGUCGGUUCCCGGACCGACAAGGCUCAAACGGCCGAGCAAAAGGUGAAGCGGGUUCAGGACAUCCUCGCCAAGGAUGAGCAAUCGGCUUGAUUGUAUGUACAGGACAACCUCAAGAGGUUGAUCAUUGUUUAUAUAUACGUCACAUAGGGUUGGACUCUUGUAUGUUUUCCCCCGAAUUAAGCAUCCUUCUAUCAUGACAAAGCUCUCCA